AUGGCCCAGAUGCCGCUGGAAUUCCAUCCCAACAACCGCCUGAUCAACCCGAGAUUCGAGAGCUAUAAGCUCCGCCUGGGUGCAGGUGUUCGCUCGGUCUCCUACCAUCCGUUGCGCGCGGCUGAUGGGCAGCCUACUACAGUGGCCCUCGAUGCCAAGGCCCCAUGCGUUUCUCAGCUGCCCUUCAAGGUCCUGGAGUUCAGGAGCCGGUUCAACAACCUCUUUGCCAAUCCGUUCAGGCGCAACUCUUUCUUCUUUGUCGAUCAGUUCUAUCGGGUGAUCCAUGCCGUUGUCGAUGAGACCACGUCCGAUGUCAAGUUCCAGUCCCUCUAUCGGUUCCCGAUUCCAGCCCUUCCCGAGCUGUCGCGGGAAUACCCGUCGUCUCACCAGCUGCUCGACACCGGGAUCAUCCGCCACCGCCUGUUCUCCGAGCCACCUGUCGAAUCGUCGGCAUGCACGCUUUUGGAUGCUCUGUUGGAGCCUGGGCCAUCGGCGGACAGGAUCACGCUCUGCGUCUCGUAUCUUGUCCCAGGAGAAGACAGCCCCGAAUCGCCAAUGGCGCUCAAAGCCAGCCGAGAGACCCGAUACUCUUUCCGUCUCGAUCUGCUGCAGAUGGAGCUGCUGCGAACGGGAGGAUCGACGCCGGUUCAGAGACUGGCGAGCUUCCGAGGUGUCGAUCAACCGUACUCCGUGCUGAUCGAGUCUGGCGGCCUUGGGUUGGUCGUGGCCAGUGCAAGACCCUUUGAAGCCUGUCUGCGCAAGGAUGCAGUAGUGCCCACGGUUGUAGAUGGCCCCGCUGAUGCAGCCGUGCCGAUUCAAGUCGAGCCGCAUCUGGCUGGGCCUUCGGUGCCCUCCGCCCAGGACACUGCAGCCCCGUUUGAGUACAUGUGGAUGCAGUCCGACUCGGACGUCACCCUCUCGAUCAACUUUCGCGAGCCCUUCGACAAGCGCCAGGUCCGGUGCCGGUUUGAGCGAUCCCGGAUCGUCCUGUCGAUUCUGUCGCCGGACAUUCCCACCAUCUUGCCGGACGUGCUCUUUGACCAGAUCGUUCCAUACGAAAGCCUGUGGACGCUCGAAGGCAACCGCAAUCUGACGCUGUACCUGCAGAAGAGCAACGAAAAUACUCGCUGGAGCCAGCUCUUCGACAGCGCCGAGUCUGAGCCCGAGACCCUGGACCCAAGCGAGCUUGCCGUCUUUGUCGAGAAGCUGGAAAAGUACACGGCUCCGGACGACGGAUCGUUUGGCCAUCGUGCUUAUGCCCCGGGCACGGUCAUGGACCAGCAGCGGUUCCUCUCCGAACGCUCGGAGAAGGUUGAUUUUGAGGGCCGCCCCGUUGCGCUGGCUCGGUUCUUGAUCAAUCCAACGGCUGCCCCGGCGAGAACACACGUUUCGUACGGGUCGGGCCACGAAUGGCUCGGCAACAUGCUUGUUGCUGGUCCGCCCAGCGAUUCCAUCGACAGCAGCCUCCCUGGUGCCCCUCAGGUGCUCGGAUCGACAGCGGCCUCCUCCAGGUGCAUGGGUCUCUUGCUGCAGUCCGAUGUCGAUGCCCUCGUCUACACAGUUCAAACUGCUUCCUCGGCAAGUGGCGGCAAGUCCUCCGAUGCAACCUCUGGUGUCGACGUGGCCCAUGUGCGGACAUUCGACGCCUUGGGUUUUGUCCAGGCCAGCAAGACGCAGAAAAAGUAUAUCGCCUUCACGGACGACCAUCGUUACGCCCUGAUUGCCGAGGCCAAGAAGCAACUGUACAUCUACCAGCAUUCGAGCCAGGACUGGGCCGAUCAAUAUCUUGUGACCCUGGACGGGCUGGGCGAAGCCGGCGGUGCCGACGAAGUCGUCGGGCUCGGGCAGAUCCGCGUGGCUAAUGGCAGCGGGUUUCUCGUCCUCAGGGAUUCGGGUGCCGUGGUGAUCCAGAUGGAAUAA